UCCAGAGAGCAAUUUCAGCUUGAAAUAUUUUCAGCGCGCGAACCAAGCAAACAGGAAAGCGAUCGACGCCCGCCGCCACUAGCCGGCGAGAUGGUGUCCCCAGACUUGAUCCGCAACAUGGUGGGCAUAGUCGGUAACAUCAUCUCCUUUGGCCUCUUCCUCUCGCCGGUGCCCACCUUCUACCGGAUCAUCAAGAAUAAGGACGUGCAGGACUUCAAGGCGGACCCGUACCUGGCCACGCUGCUCAACUGCAUGCUCUGGGUUUUCUAUGGUCUCCCUAUCGUCCACCCCAACAGCAUUCUUGUCGUCACCAUCAACGGCAUUGGCCUUGUCAUCGAGGCUGUCUACCUUACCAUCUUCUUCCUCUUCUCCGACAAGAAGAACAAAAAGAAGAUGGGAGUGGUGCUCGCUACAGAGGCUCUCUUCAUGGCGGCGGUGGUGCUCGGCGUGCUUUUGGGCGCGCACACCCAUCAGAGACGCUCCUUGAUCGUCGGCAUCCUCUGCGUCAUCUUUGGCACCAUCAUGUACUCCUCACCACUCACCAUCAUGAGUCAGGUUGUGAAGACUAAGAGCGUGGAGUACAUGCCAUUGCUGUUGUCGGUGGUGAGCUUCCUCAACGGCCUCUGCUGGACCUCAUACGCGCUCAUCCGCUUAGACAUCUUCAUCACCAUACCCAAUGGUCUUGGCGUGCUCUUUGCUCUCAUGCAACUCAUCCUCUAUGCCAUCUACUACCGAACCAUACCCAAGAAGCAGGAUAAGAACCUCGAGCUACCAACCGUCGCCCCUGUCGCUAAGGACACCAGCAUCGUCACCCCUGUCAGCAAGGACGACGACGUCGAUGGCGGCAAUGCCAGCCAUGUCACCAUCAAUAUCACAAUUGAGCUAUAA